AUGCCAUUUAGUAUCGCCAUGGCCUGGCAACUCGGCCCUCCCCUUCGCAGCAUGCCUCGCAAGCUGCCCACCACCUAUGCCCAUCCCCCCUCCAUCCCAUCCAACGCCUCAGCUGUCUGCACUCAUUGUAGACAAGACAGUGAGGGAGCACACCAUGCCGCUGCCCAGCAAGACGCAACCUCCUCGGUGGCGUCUUGGGUCGUCGAGACUGCAGACGAGCAUGCCAAUGACGCUCUCCUCUCUGACCCGGUCAUUGUCGACAUGGCAGAGGUGGAGAGUGUCGGCUCCGACACUGAGGACUCUGGCUCGUCGCACAUGCUUGCUACCGCGCCGAGUCCUUCAGCCUUAGCUGACGCUCCGGGUUGGUGUCACCAUGUCCCUUCUUCCCCUGACCUGAGCGACGCUGGCUUCACUCUUGUUCCCCGGCCGGCUCCUGCUGCGCUCUCGAACCGGGAGUGCAGCGGCGACAUUGGCCUCGUCGACCCCACCCCCACACAGGGCUUACAUGCCGUCUGUGACAUGUUGGACGCGCUGCACAUCUCGGCUUCCCUUGCCACGUCCAAGAUGGUGGUCGACAGCAUGGAGUCCGUUGGCCGUGCGACGACCAAGGCAGCCCCUCCCACCCCCGAGAUGCACCUCCCAGACUCGCCCACCCUGCCACAGAUGUUCUGUGACCUUCCACAAGGUGACAGACAUCUCGCUGUCCCGAGCCUUGGCACUCCUCUUGGGGAGUCUGAUGCCGACGCCGACGCUGAUGGCGGCCCUGAGUGUGCCGGUGCCAUGGCCAGACGCCGUCGCCGCCGCCGCGCACCUCGUGCUCCGAAAGCUUGGAGGCGCACCCCCACCGUCCCGGGUUCCUCGCCGGAGCCCGCCCGUUUGACUCGUGACGAGCGAGCCGCACCUGUCCUUUCCCGCCGUCGCCCUGCCCCAGAAGACGACAGUGACGAGGCUCUGGACGUCGCUCCCAGGCCCAAGAGGCGCCGCAGGGGACAAGCUGCACAUGCUUGGAGAACCGUCCCCCCCCUGCCAUACUCUUCCCUUCGGCCUCCUCCUGAGCAUCGGUUGUAA